AUGCCCUUCGCGGAGCCCCUCGCGGACCCGCAGCGCUCGCCCAAGCGCUCGCCGCCCUCGCCCAAUGCGCGGACGGCGGGGCAGGGCAGUGGUAGCGGCAGUGGCAGCGGCAGCUCGGGCAGCAACAAGAAGACGUACUCCUUCAUCCCGCUGCCGGGGCAGGUGCGCAAGCGGCCGAGGAGGCGGUACGAUGAGAUCGAGAGGAAUUACAGGUGCAGCUGGCCGGGGUGCAACAAGGCAUAUGGCACGCUGAAUCACUUGAAUGCGCAUGUGGUGAUGCAGGGCCAUGGCCAGAGACGGACACCAGCAGAAUUCAAGGAACUCCGAAAGCAGUGGCGGAAGCAGAAGAAGGAAGAGGCCGUCGCAACCGCGACCUCC